AUGCCUCUUGCAAAGGACCUCCUUCAUCCUUCUCCCGAAGAGAAGAGGAAACACAAGAAGAAGCGCCUGGUGCAGAGCCCAAAUUCCUACUUCAUGGAUGUGAAGUGCCCAGGAUGCUAUAAAAUCACCACAGUCUUUAGCCACGCACAAACGGUAGUUUUGUGCGUUGGCUGCUCUACUGUCCUCUGCCAGCCUACAGGAGGAAAAGCGAGGCUUACAGAAGGAUGUUCUUUCAGGAGGAAGCAGCACUAGAAGCAUCCUGACUCAAGAUGAGUGGGAAACCAUCCCAAUAAACACAUU